AUGGCAAAGGGAAAGAGGUUUUCACCUAGGGUAUGCCAUGAUGAAGAGCUUUACGCGGUAAUCGAUGUGGUGUACCGGCGGAUGGCAAACGGAAGACAUCAAUAUCUUGCACCGCCAUCGAGAGUAGCUACAAGAAAUCGUAUUCACUUCUUUGGUCAUAUGUUAAGGAGACCAGCAGAUCGCCUUGCUCAACGAGUUCUUAGGAGUUUGUCGGAUUUAAACUGGAAGAGGCUACCUGGUCGAAAGGUGAAGUUUUGGACUGAGGUGGUGAAAGAGGACCUGAGGACACUCGGCAUGGAUAGGCUGAGAUGUAAGGUUUCCAGUGGCGACGAAUGGAUUGAUCUGUGCAAACUCCUGCAGAAAAUCGAUAAAGUAGGGCAGAGCUAUAUUCAAGUACGGCACACCUCGGCAAAGAUGCAAGUAAUCGUGUCAGGCGAUGACAUCGUUGCGCCGAUGAAGUCAAGUAAAUCAAUGGAGUCAGACACGAGGUUGUUGUAA